ACCUCUAUGUAAAGAGGACCGUCCGAAAACUGCGUUCUCCACUCGUGAUAAUCAUUAUCAAUUUACUGUACUUCCACAAGAAAUCACCAACGGAUCAGCAACUUUUCAACGUUUAAUUAAUCAUAUAUUAGGACCUACACGAUGGAAAUUUGCAUUAGCUUACAUUGAUGAUAUAAUUAUUUAUUCGAAAACAUUUGAAGAACAUUUACUUCAUCCUAAUGAAAUUUGUCAAGUAUUAAAAGAUACUCGAUUUCGUCUCAAUCCAGAUAAAUGUGAAAUAGCUCGAACACAAACAUAUUAUCUUGGACAUCAUAUACGAAAUGGUGAUAUUUGUUCAAGUCCAAAUAAUAUAAAUGGAUUAUUAAAAACAAGAUUACCACAAACUCCAGAUGAAGCUUGUAAAUUUGUUAAAGCUGCUGAAUAUUAUAGAGAAUUUAUACCAAAUUUUUCUCAAAUUGCUGAACCGCUUCGAAAAUUUGUACCAACUACCAGAACUCAACAAAGAAAAGGACAAAAAACUAUAAUCACUUUAACCAAUGAUGAAAUUAAAGCAUUCGAACAAUUAAAAAAUUUUCUUACUACCGAUUCGGUACUACGAAUUUCAAAUAAUAGAUUCCCGUUUAAAGUUCAAACUGAUGCUUCAGAUGAGGGAAUCGGUGCAGUAUUAUUACAAAUCUAUCCAGAAGGAGAUAGACCUAUUGCAUAUCUUUCCAAGAAAUUUACUCAAACACAACGUAAAUGGUCUCCUAUGGAACAAGAAUGUUAUGCUUUUAUUUGUGCAUUAGACAAAUGGCAUAAUUAUUUCAGUGGAAUUAAAUUUAUAUGGAAAACUGAUCAUAAAGCAUUAACACAAUUAAAUCAAAAAGCUCAAAUUAAUAAACGAUGCGAACGAUGGAGAUUAAAAAUUUUAGAAUAUGAUUUCAAGGUUAAAUACAUUCCUGGUUUAACAAAUUUAAUGCCUUAUUAUUUAUCAAGAUCUCCAGUUGACGAUGCUGAAGACGAUCCUGAUGAAACUACGCAUCUAAUUUCAACAUCAACACAAACAGAUAUUUUAUUUAAUAACACCCAUUCACCUAUCAUCGCAGCUGUUGAAACUCGUGCUAUGAAAUUACGAAAUGAAAUUUUAAAUGAUACAAAUAAUAAUAAUAAAUUAACAUCAGAUUCUCUAAAUACUUCUGUUGAAGAGAAUCGAAUAAUUCCAUUUUCAAUGGAACAAUUAAUACAAGCUCAACAAAAUGAUAAUUAUGCGAAAAAUAUUCUGAACAAUAUCAAGAAAUAUAAAAAUUAUAUUAUAAAAGAAAAUCUUUUAAUGCAUCGAUUAAAUCCUCCAGUUCCUUAUGUACCAUGA